GCAUUCACAGGAAGUAAUGCAAUGUUGACGUGUAUUUUACUGGUAGUCUUAAAAACUUCCUAUUUCGUAUCAUCCACUUGUCAAAGCUGGACAUCAUUUAACCGCAACUUUUACUGACAUUCGGUGAAUUUUGAUCCCUGGGCGACACAACAGCACGUGACGAUGUCGGGAGAAAUAUCAAUGAUCGGUUCGGUGAUCCUGGCCCUGUUCCUGGCUGGCUACCUGGGCCAGCAGUACUUACCUCCCCCCAAACCGAAGGUGAUCGGCCUGGACCUGGGCACUACCUUCUGCUCUGUCGGCGUCUUCCACCCGGGCAGCGGGGAGGUGGAGGUGAUAGCAGAUGAAGAGGGCAGGAUGAGCAUCCCCAGCGCCGUCUCAUUCACAACAACUGCGGUGCUGGCUGGACAUGAAGCCGUGGACCUGGCCGACAGCAGCCCUCAAAACACCAUCUACGAUGCCAAGAGGUUCAUCGGAAAGAUAUUUGAGCCGGAGGUCCUGGAGCAGGAGAGUGCUCGGUACCCGUUUAAGGUGAUUAAUAAUAAUGGAAGUGCAGAGUUCCUGGUCUCCACCAACCGUACCUUCACUGUGACCCCGGAGUUCAUCGGCUCCAGGCUGCUGCUGAAAAUGAGGAAGAUGGCCGAGCGACAUCUGGGUGUCCCCAUCCAGAAAGCUGUUAUCUCGGUGCCCGCAGAGUUUGACGAGAGACAGAGGAACUACACCGUCAGGGCCGCCAGCCUCGCUGGUCUGGAGAUCCUGCGUGUGAUCAAUGAGCCCACAGCUGCAGCCAUGGCCUACGGCCUGCACAAGGUGGAUGUGUUUAACGUGCUGGUGGUUGACCUCGGGGGCGGAACACUGGAUGUUUCUCUGCUCAACAAACAGGGAGGCAUGUUCCUCACCAGAGCCAUGGCAGGCAAUAACAAGCUGGGAGGUCAAGACUUCAGCCAGAGGUUGCUCCAGUACACCACAGAGCGAGUCCGACAAGAGUUUGGCGUCCCGCCCACUCUCAAAGAGGACAUCCAUCACCUCCGACAGGCUGUGGAAGCUGCGAAGCUCAACCUCACCCUCCAACCCAGCGUCACCAUCAAAGUGCCCCUACGCCUUAACAUUCACGAGAGCUCUGAGUCACCUGAAGGCUCUGCUGCUGCUGCUCCGGUUCUUUUCCAGGCUGCAGUCACACGCGAGCUCUUUGAAGAGCUCAAUGAGGACCUCUUCCAGAAGAUCCUGGCUCCAGUUGAGACUGUAUUAGCAGAGGGCCACUUGGAGAAAGAGGACGUGGAUGAGAUUGUUCUGGUUGGAGGGUCCACCAGAAUACCGCGGAUCAGGAGGCUAAUCAGCGAGUACUUUGGGAAGGAGCCCAACACAUCUGUAGACCCUGACCUGGCUGUGGUCACGGGUGUGGCCAUUCAAGCUGGCAUCAUGGGUGGCUCCUGGCCCUUACAAGUGAGCGCCAUAGAAAUCCCCAACAGACACCUGCGCAAGACGAACUUCAGCUAAUAUUACCCACAUAAAAGUGAUGCCGCAGUGACUUGCCACUGAUUCCUAACUUCUGUUAUGUGCAUAAUCUAAAAUCUGCUGACAAACGACCAACAAGAGGCACUGUCACCUGAAUGGACACAUGCAAGGUAGACUGCGGUAGGAGAAAAAGAAGCAAUGAAUACUUACUAAAACAUGCCAACAUGAGGCGUUGUAAUUGAUAAUUAAUCUGCAGAAGUGAACGGCUCUGUUUCUGUUUAUAAAGUGACAGCUGCUUGUGCUGUGCACAAAGCUUCAGCUGACAGAGAAUCAGCUCAGUGAGAUACUAAACAAAUGUGAAUGAGAAGCCCCUCAAAGGGUGACCCUUCUGUCAUGAGUCUACUGGUCAGCUUCAUUGACAGUACUUUUUCAUGGUAGAUAAUUAAAUGGAGUUCAAUUCAGGGAACAGCCGCUAUUGUAAUGGACUGAAAGACUAACCAGUACGUCUUCAGCUAUUUAUUUAUUUAUUCUCAUCAGCUGUGUGUUCUUCUGGAAGUGUGUAUGUAUGUAUGUAUGUAUGUAUGUACGUAUGCAGGUGUUUUGCAAGCCUUUAAUGUCUUUUUACUGUUUUGCAUCACGUUGACAUACAGUAGAGUGAGCUUGUGCCUUUGCAGAAAAUUGCAGUGCAGAGGUUCACUGCUGCACCCUAGUGGUUCAGUGAGAGGGCCUGUUCCAGGUCCCUGUUGUGCUUUGUUUGUUUGUUUUAUUACCCACCGUAAGUCAUGAAGGAGAACCUCGGUGUGAAGAUGUAGUUACGACCAGUUCAUUUCAAACAUAUAGACUACUCACCUCAACAAUGAAUAAGGUGUUGUGGCGAGGUGCAGAAAUAGAUGACGGUGCAUGUUGGAAAACAACCUACUGUACACACUGUAGCAUCACCGUCCCUUUGAAUAGAAUCUAGGCUGCAUUGCUUGCAGUGACAGAGGAAUCAUGCUCAGUGCUGCACGCUGAGGACUUCCAGGACUCGUUGGCCAACUUUUAUAGUUUUUUUGUGCAAUGAUGGGCACAUUGUUUGGAAGAAACAAAUAUUUGUGCCGCUUAGCUGAGUUAAGUACCAAAGCUUGCUUUUGCUGCUGUAGGUAUGAAAGGUCAACUCUUGUAGUCCCAUAGGAGGACCAAAGCAUUGCUUACUGGUGCCUUGUGUAUUUGAUACAGUAUUAGUUGUUGUCAGGGUGCCUCAAAUGUGAGAUGAGAUUUAAUAAUUUAGUGAGUGUGACCUGAUGCUUAUUGUGGUGGACAGCAGGAUGGUUAUUGUAUCAGUACGAAUGUUGAUUUUCAUUUUCAUUCCAAAAUUCUCUUUGGAAAAUAUUAAACCCAGAAGUGUUUAUGUCUGAAAUACAAAUAGUCCUUUUAUCAACAUUUUCAACCUGGCACUAAACACGUCAACAUUCCUUCAAAAAAUAUCACAACUUUUUUUUGGGCAGAUGUCAUCAAUGAGUUGUGUAUAUUAAUAUUUAUUAUUUUCCUAAUAUUGUGUUGUUCAUGUUGGAUCUGAGAUUUGGAUGUAACACAGCAUUUAGAAAAGAUGAAGCAAGUUCGAGAUACUUAAUGCAUCAUCAGUCCCUGUUGAUAUCGGGAAAAAAACGAGGAUCUAUUUUUAUAUCAUGUUCUACUCCCUGUCAGAGUCCAGCUACCAAAAAAGGACAAGGAAGUUAAUCUGUAACAACAUACUUUCCAGCUAAUUAAAAAUCAUUUUUUUCCCAACA